CGGGGAGAGGAGCACGAAGGAGCGGGGAGAGGAGCACCGAGGAGCGGGGAGAGGAGCACCGAGGAGCGGGCUGAUGUCUGAGAGGAUCGCUUCGUGUGGGAGUCUGUACGACAGCAGCAACCUGCUGCUACAGUACUGCAACAAUGAUGACACAGUGUCGGCCAGCAGCAACAUGGACGUGGAGGACCGGGUGUCCCACCUGGAGCAGAGGCUGCAGCUGCAGGAGGAUGAGAUCCAGCUGCUGAAAGCCGCUCUGGCCGACGCCCUGCGCCGACUGGGCUACUGCGAGGAGCAGAGCAAGGGGAAGCCAGCAGGGGGCGGCCAUGCUGCCGGGAGGAGACCUCUGGCCACCGCAGCUUCAGCAGCGCCCAACAAGGUGCGUCAGCUGCUGCAGGCGCUUCCCUCCCGACCUCUCAGUAACGGCUGCACUCAACAGAAACGCCUCCUGUCCUCCCCGUCUUCUCCCAAGAAAGAAGUGCUGCAGUCCAUUAAGAGGAAGAGUAUGUCCACAGAGCGCCUCACCCUGGUGAGGAGGGAGAUGGGGGCGGAGAGCCGGAGUCGAACCACCUCCUCCAGCAGCUCAUCCGGGGGCAAAAGCAAAUCAAAAGAAUGCGCCUUGAAUUCAGAGGAUGGAUACGUGAGGAUGUUCCUGAGAGGACGUCCCGUCACCAUGCACCUCCCCGACCAGCAGAGGGAGAGCUACAGCCUCGACCACAAGGUGGCGCUGCCGGACCGCAAGCUGAAGCUGCAGUGGGUGUACGGGUACCGUGGUCGUGACUGCCGCUCCAACCUCUACCUGCUGCCCACGGGAGAGAUCGUGUACUUCAACGCCUCCGUGGUGGUUCUGUACAACACGGAGGAGCAGCAGCAGAGACACUACCUGGGCCACAACGACGACGUCAAAUGCCUGAGUGUCCAUCCUGACAUGGUGACCAUCGCCACGGGGCAAAUGGCCGGAACCUCUAAAGAUGGGAAGCUGCUGGCUCCUCACGUUCGUGUUUGGGAUUCUGUGAGUCUCAACACGCUGCACGUCCUCGGGAUGGGCGUGUUCGACAGAGCCGUCACUUGUGUCACUUUCUCCAAGUCGAACGGCGGCGCCUUCCUCUGCGCCGUGGACGACGCCAACGACCACGUCCUGUCCGUCUGGAACUGGCAGAAGGAGAAACAACUGGCUGAUGUGAAGUGCUCCAACGACUCUGUGCUGGGCGCCGUGUUCCAUCCCACCGACGCCAACCUGAUCGUCACCUGUGGAAAGUCUCACAUUAACUUCUGGACCAUGGAGGGAAACACUCUGAGCAAGAGACAGGGCCUGUUCGAGAAACAUGAGAAACCAAAGUACGUGUUGUGCGUGGCCUUCGCUCAGAACGGAGACGCCAUCACAGGAGACUCCAGUGGGAACAUCUACAUCUGGGCCAAAGGUGGUCACCGCAUCAGCCAGGUGGUGUCGGGGGCCCACGAGGGCGGGAUCUUCUCCCUGUGUGUCCUGAAGGACGGCACCAUGGUGUCCGGAGGAGGCAAGGACCGCAAGGUGGCGCUGUGGGACCACGAGUACAGGAAGCAGUCGGAGAUGGAGGUCGGCGAGGCCUUUGGUCCCAUUCGCGCUCUGACUGAGGGAAAACCAGGAGAGCUUUUUGUUGGAACCACAAAGAACGCCAUCAUCAGGGCGGCGUUCCCUGACACACUGACCCCGAUCGUACAGGGUCACACCGACGAGCUGUGGGGUCUGGAUGUGCAUCCGUCCAUGGAGCAGUUCGCCACCUGCUCCCAGGACAAGCAGGUCCACCUCUGGGACACCAACUCCCAUCAGCCCCUGUGGAGCAAGACCAUCGAGGAUCCAGGCCGGUCGGCAGGUUUCCAUCCCAGCGGAGCGGUUCUGGCCGUCGGGACCAUGACUGGAAGGUGGUUGGUGCUGGACACCGACACCCGGGAUCUGGUUUCAAUGCACACGGACGGCAACGAGAUCAUUUCCAACAUCAGGUAUUCACCAGACGGUAACUUCCUGGCUGUGGCUUCACACGACAACUUUGUUUACAUCUACUCCGUGAAGGAGAACGGACGGAAGUACAGCCGCGUGGGGAAAUGCACCGGUCACUCCAGCUUCGUCACCCACCUGGACUGGUCCCAGGACAGCCAGUACCUCGUCACCAACUCAGGAGACUACGAGAUCCUCUUCUGGGAGGCCUCCAGUGGUAAACAUGUGACCAGCAUGGACACGAUGCGUAACCUGGACUGGGCCACUUCCACCUGCACUCUGGCCUUUACCACCUUCGGAGUCUGGCCUGAUGGCGCGGACGGCACCGACCUCAACGCCGUGUGCCGGUCACAUGACGGAUCCCUGCUGGCCUCUGCUGACGACUUCGGCAAAGUGCACUUGUUCUCCUUCCCCUGCUCUCAACCAAGGGCUCCGAGCCACGAGUACGGUGGCCACAGCAGUCACGUGACCAACGUUGCCUUCCUGCACGACGACAGUCACCUGAUCUCCACGGGGGGGAAAGACACCAGCAUCCUGCAGUGGGUGGUCGCCUAGACCAGGAGAUCUGCAGCCCACCUCUGGAAUCCAGCAUCUUCACCUCUACACUGUUUUACCCUCCUGCCACCAGGGGGCAGCACUUCCUCUGUGCCUACCGGAAUGUAAACACGCGCAUCUUAACCGAGAAACACCAGACGAGAUCAUCGUUGUAAUAAAUGGAAUAUUAUUUAGUGGCCAGCUUGUUUGUAAUAGAAUGUAGAGAAGACAGGCAGGAAGUGAUGGAGCAGGAAGUGCCCUGUGACUUUAGCGUUAGUGCUAACUGUGCCUACAGCGUGUUUAUCUUAACCCCUUUAACGGGAAUCCACCUGUUUUACAUGACAAGCGUGUUUUAGCUCCUUUAUUAUAAAUCACGUGCACUUUACAGUUUUUUUGUAUUUUGCUACACACGCACGUUUAGGGUUGUAUUUAUAUUUAUGGGUUUGAUGUGAGAGUCUAUUUUGUUCUUUUGUUGUGUCAAGCAGCGGAAAUCAAUUUGCAGACUUUUGAAAAUUAAUUUAGUUUGAUGAUUUAAAGCAGAUUUCAAAUCAGUCCGCACGAAAAAAACGCAUGCAACAGUUCUGAAAUCAGUGCAUGGGAACAAUGCCUUAUUGAAAACCAAGGAAUGAAAAAUACACCAAAAUAUUGUUUAAAAUUGCUGCACCGUUAUGUAAAGUGUACUUGUGUUGAUGUAAAGGGGUUAAAACACGCGUCCCUUUAAAAAAAAUCACUCCGGGAGAGUUGUUGAUUCAUGUGAACGUGAAAAGCUCGAAAUAAAAUAAAUAAACAUGUGAAAUUAUGACGUAUUAAAACAGAAUGUGGCCUCGUCGAGGUUUCAUGAGCUUCUGACUUCAAGUCAGAGUGACGCGUGUUCCCAGGAACCAACAAACUCCUCCUGCUGCAAAGGAAGAUUGUAUUCAAACCCCUGAAAUGGGUCGAAAUCCCCCUUUUUCAACAUAGUUACUCUGACCCUGUUUCCAUCCCUCUGCCUGACUAACAUCAUAAUCAUAAUAAUAAGUACAUAUUCCUGUUAGAGAUUGUAAAUGGUGCAAAGUGCUGGCUCCGCCCCCCCACCCCCCCUAAAUGCUGUGUUUCUGAUUGUACUACUACUGUAACUGUUCCGAGAGGCCACUAGAUGGCGCUAAGAGAAUGAGCAUGAUCCUGUAGACGCUGUUCAAGUUACAAAGGUCUCUAGAGUUGAUAUAAAUAUAUUAUGCAGUAUAUCCAAGUGGCUGUGUUAUUUUAAUAUUGAACUGUAACGAUGAUGGAUGUUAUUAAUAAUCUUGUGGCACUGUGAGGCGACUGUGCUGAGUGAAGCUCGAGCUAUGCUUUGCCUUCUUCUGUUUGGUUUCCAAAGUUUUGACCCGAGUGAGAGCUCUUCUCCUCCCGAAUGAAUUGGCUACGAAUAUAUAAGAUAUAAAAUAUACAUGGGUACUAAUCUUUCUUUUGUCUUUUUAUGUGAUAAUGUGUUCAAUAAAUGAUUCGCUUAAAGUG